GGGGGCGAUUGUGAAGUGUUUACCAAGCAGAUUUGAAACUCAACCAUAUGGAGUUAUAUUAGAGUACAACACUCAAUGUUUACUUGAUUUAUAUGUAUUAUACCCUGUACGACUUCACCAGUUUAUUAAUUGACUCACCGAUAAUAAAUACGUUUCAAAGCGUCCCCCUAUUCAAUCGAUGUCUUUGGCUUCAUCCAGUUCUGUUCGAAAUUCGAGGAGAGAUGAGGCAUUGUAUUAAAAAUAUUAACGGUAUCGUAUCUGAAUUGUAUACUAUAUACCAGUGCAUACGGUAUCACCAAUAAGGAAAAACAGAAACCCGAUUUUAAAUGGCAUAAUCUAUAUAUGCCCAAAAGCCCAAGAGAAGCGGAACAGACCCAGGGAGUUUAUUCCUGGAGCUACGCGACCAUAGCCGCUUCAUAGCGGCUAAACAAAGUUGUUUUGGCCUUUCUUACCCUGAAGGGUCUCACUCUUUCAGUAACGCGGCCUGAAGUAACUAAACUGUCACCAUGAGCUCUCGUCAGUGCAAGAGCUGCGGCGGCACGGAUAUAGACAUCGACCAGGCCCGGGGCAGUGCAGUUUGCAUGGGCUGCGGUUCCGUGUUAGAGGACAACAUCAUAGUAUCAGAGGUGCAAUUCGUGGAGAACAGUGGGGGCGGAUCCUCAGCCGUGGGACAGUUCGUCUCUUCAGAUGGUACAGGGAAGGCCCCAGCCUUGGGGAGUGGGUUCCACACCAGCUUGGGAAAGGAGUCCCGGGCCCAGACGCUGCAGAACGGGAAACGGCAGAUCCAUAACCUGGGCAACCAGCUGCAGCUGAACCAGCACUGCCUGGACACGGCUUUCAACUUCUUCAAGAUGGCAGUGAGCAAGCACCUGACACGGGGCCGGAAGAUGGCCCACGUGAUCGCCGCCUGCCUUUACCUGGUCUGCCGGACGGAGGGCACGCCUCAUAUGCUCCUGGACCUGAGUGAUCUCUUGCAGGUGAAUGUCUACAUCCUGGGCAGAACCUUCCUCCUACUGGCCAGAGAGCUGUGCAUCAACGCCCCUGCCAUAGACCCUUGCCUCUACAUACCCCGCUUUGCCCACAUGCUGGAGUUUGGGGAGAAGAACCAUGAGGUCUCCAUGACAGCGCUGCGGCUGCUGCAGAGGAUGAAGAGGGACUGGAUGCACACGGGCCGUCGGCCGUCUGGGCUGUGCGGGGCGGCCUUACUGGUCGCCGCCCGCAUGCACGAUUUCCGCCGCACGGUGAAGGACGUCAUCGGCGUGGUGAAGGUGUGCGAGGCCACGCUAAGGAAGAGGUUGACAGAGUUUGAAGACACGCCCACCAGUCAGCUGACCAUCGAUGAGUUCAUGAAAGUAGACCUUGAGCAGGAAUGUGACCCGCCAGCGUUUACCGCUGGGCAGAAGAAGCAGAAGCUGCAGCAGCUUGAGCAAGAAUUGGCCAAGCUUGAUGAAGUUCAAGGUGAGAUCAGCUGUUACCAGGAUGAGAUUGAGACGGAGCUGGAGAACAGCCGGCCCAAACUGAGGGGGAUCUACGCGGCGUAUGCCAGAGAAGCCCCAGACUGCCACGACGACCUCGCCGACGAGGAGCAGGAGGACGAGGAGCUGGAGGCUGCGGCAAAACACCUCAACCGGGAGUUCCUCAGCACGGUGCUCCCGGGGAAAGCAGAGGAGGCGACCUCGGAACCACCGCUGCCCAAAGAGCUCCCCCUGCUGGGCCCCCUGCCAACUGCCGCCAGCCUGGGUCUCACGGAGACUCUCCGGGAGUGCAUCGAUCGGGAGAAGGAGGACGAAGAAAAUCCUGAAAAUGGAGAGCUGAACCUGGAUGGCAUCGAUGAAGAGGAGAUCGAGAGGUAUAUUCUGAACGACAAAGAGGUGAAGAUUAAGACCGAGCUGUGGAUGAAGCAGAACGAGGAAUAUCUGAAAGAACAGAGAGAGAAGGAAGAAAGGAUAGCAAAAGAAAAGGAGCUGGGAAUCUACAAGGAACAGAAGCCCAAGAAGUCGGGUCGGAGGAGGGAGCCGAUCCACGCCAGCACGGCGGGCGAGGCCAUCGAGAAGAUGCUGGAGCAGAAGAAGAUCUCCAGCAAGAUCAACUACGACGUGCUCCGCGACCUCAACAGCAAGGGCAGCGGCGGCGGCGGGGGCGGGGUCAGCGGCGCCAGCCCCGCCCCCAGGGCCGCGGGGGGCAAGCGGCUCCCCGGCCGCAGGAAACGGACCAGCACCAACCGCAGCCUGGCCGCCCACGUCAGCAGCAUGGCCAAGAGACUCCGCCCAUUGAUAUCCGCCCAAGCCAAUAAGAAGCUCGCUGUGGAACAGGGGCGUACGGGGGGCAUACAAAACCGCCAUCUCACGCCCCGCCGCCAUCUGCUCCGCCAGGCCGCCCUCGCCAGCCCCCCGCCCACGCCCGCUCCCGAGCCCGCACCCGUGCCUGUGCCUGUGCCCGCUGGCCCCUCGGUAACAGUGGUGGUGGAGACCGGGCCGGUGGUGUACGAGGAGGAGGCAGAGGAGGAGGAAGAGGAGGCUGAGGAGCCCUGUGUCAGCGCCAUGGAGCUACUGGGGAACAACGAUUACGGGCAUGAAGUGGACGAGGAAGAGGAGGGGCUGUAGCGGUCGGCCGUGUCCCUGUACCGGCCCUCUGCGACGCACUGACCUGGCUUCCCCCCUGGUCCUCAGGGAGCGGGAGUCACUGCUGGAGGAGACGGGAGGCUCAGUGAGCCCAGGGAAGAGGCCUGUGAAGGGGCGGAGCAGCUCGGGGGAGGGGUCUAACCAUACCAAUCAACACCAGCUUCUGGAUGACACGGGCUUCAAAGAGACCAGUUAUAACAGCCGUGCCGCUAGCCGGCUCAUUAGAGUUCUCUGAGCAGUCACUGUGAACACUCCCUACAGCCGCUGUGUGAAAGUGUCAGCGCUGACCACGCCCUGGUGGUCUCAUUCACAGCCCAGACGGACAUUAGUGAGCUCUUCUCCAGGGCUGUUCAAGGUGCCUGUGAACAGGAAGGGGAAGGGGGAAUUAUAAGCUGAUUUGCUCACCCUAUGGUGAGGCUGAGAUUGUAUUUUUGACUUGUCACUAGAUUGUUCUUUGUUCACCACAUCUACUUUUCUAGGAUAGGUAUGGCUUUAGCUGGAAGUAGGCCUUUGGCCACCCUCCCACCUUUCAAGACAAGGUGUACAGCCCUAUUGCAUCACUAGACUGCUAACUCAUUAGUUCUGUAUGUGAAGUGCAAUUGGCACGCCUUACGGGUAAGACUCUAGACCAGGGAUCUGAAACUCAAAUCCUGGAGGACUUUGGAGUGACUGGUGGUUUUCAUUGUGUGCAACAACUUAAGUGCUUUUCUGUGGCUUUUCUGUAGAUAAUUACAGUAGGAUUCUCUCGCUCUCUCUCUCUCUCUCUCUGUCUCUCUCUCAACACACCUUGCAUCCACAGCAUCAAUUAGCUGCUGAUUGGAAUUAAAUGAUGUCAACCUGCAGACACUGCAGCCGUCCAGGACUACAGUUUAAGAUCCAUUGCUGUAAACCCCCGAACGCACACAAUAUCAACGGCAGCUCCAAAGGCAUCCAGCAAAUUAAUUCCCAAAGUAGUGUAGCUGCUCGAAACAGAGCUUUAAAUCAUGAAGUCUGACCAAUAACAGGGCAUCUGUUUAAUCCUGGUUUCUGCACGAUUCAUAUGCCUUUAAGCUCCAGAACAUAGCUAGCUCUCUUAGCUUUAAUGGAUUUGUGUGGUUUUUUUCCCCAUAUUCUUCUAUUUCCUAUUUAACUACAGAAGUGAGACAUCCUGUAUGUAAAUCUUUUGGCAUCGGGUAUGUAUUUCAAUGUGUACAGACUGAAGGACUACAAAAAAAGGUUUGUUUAGCAAAACAAGUAUCCUGUAUAUACUAAUGUACAUGUUAAUAUCUUUGGCUGUACUGUUUUAGGAUUGUAUGUUUUUUGUAUUUGUGUGUUUAGUUUCUUCUGGAACAUUCCAAAAUUUCAAUGGGCAUUUUAUCCGUUUCCUUAUCUCAGCAGGAGCAUUCUCCUCUGUUUUAAACAAUCUGGUUUUUAAGACGAUGAACGAAUGCAUGAUUGUACAUAUUUUAAUGACCCCGCGCUUUGACUGUGCAGCGGGAUUGGCCGCACACCAGCCCAUUCCUUCCGUUCCGAUUGGGCGGCCAGCCUGCUGUCGGCGACGUCCGCCAAUGGCAUUUUUAGUAAAGUUCCAUUCCAAGCA